AUCAUGGGCUAGGGAACAGUGAGCAGUCAGUGAAGCAUCCAGCCUGCCGAACGAGCCUGCUUUUUAGGGUCAGGAACUGGUCUGACAAGAGAAUGGCAGUCGUGCCUGUAAACUGACAAUAGGAGUGUACAGUGGACGAUGAAGCUACCAGCACACCGGGCCCCAAGGCAGAGACGCUGAGCAAGAGAAUGUCAAGACAUAUUUCAGGUCCCAGUGAGUGCUGCUGAAGAUGUCUGAUAGUGUGGAUAUUGAAGAGAAACCGCCAGCCCCUCCCCUGAGAAUGAACAGUAGUUCCCGCGACUCUGCCUCACUGAACCACGCCUCCAAACCGCUUCCAAUGGCCCCCGAGGAGAAGAACAAGAAGGUUCGCCUGCGCUCCAUCUUCCCUGGGGGAGACAAGACCAACAAGAAGAAGGAGAAGGAACGUCCCGAGAUCUCACUGCCCUCCGACUUCGAGCACACCAUCCACGUGGGCUUUGACGCCAUCACGGGGGAGUUCACCGGCAUCCCGGAGCAGUGGGCGCGGCUCCUCCAGACCUCCAACAUCACCAAGCUGGAGCAGAAGAAGAACCCCCAGGCCGUGCUGGACGUGCUCAAGUUCUACGACUCUAAGGAGACGGUCAACAACCAGAAGUACAUGAGCUUCACCUCAGGAGACAAAUCCGCCCAGGGAUACAUUGCAGCAAACAACCUGAACCGGCUGCUGUCGUCCGGGCCACCCGUCAGCCUUAGAACCUGCAGCGCAUUAUUUGACAAGACCCACCCAGCUCAGAGCUCCAGACUCACAGCCACCUCCACCACCGCCGGGGCCAAGACCGCCGCCUCAGAGCCCCCCAUCGCCCCGCCCGUCUCCGAGGAGGAGGACGAGGAGGAAGAGGAGGAGGAAGAGGAGGAGGAGGAGGAGGACGAUGAGGACGAGCUGCCGCCUGUCAUCGCGCCGCGACCGGAGCACACCAAAUCAAUCUACACGCGCUCCGUCCUGGAGCCUAUGAAGCCCCCCAGCCCGGUGAAGGAGGUGGUGACUCCGCCCGAGUCCCAGGUGCAGCCGGAGAACACGUCAGACACCAUGUACCGCCACACCGACCGGCAGAAGAAGAAGUCCAAGAUGACGGACGAGGAGAUCUUGGAGCGCCUCAGAAGCAUUGUGAGUGUGGGCGACCCCAAAAAGAAGUACACACGCUUCGAGAAGAUCGGACAAGGAGCUUCAGGGACCGUGUAUACUGCUAUUGACAUCGCCACAGGACAGGAGGUGGCCAUCAAGCAGAUGAACCUGCAGCAGCAGCCCAAGAAGGAACUGAUCAUCAAUGAGAUCUUAGUCAUGAGGGAAAAUAAAAACUCUAACAUAGUCAACUACCUGGACAGCUACCUGGUGGGGGAUGAGCUCUGGGUGGUGAUGGAGUACCUCGCGGGGGGCUCGUUGACAGACGUCGUCACGGAGACCUGCAUGGACGAAGGCCAGAUCGCCGCCGUCUGCCGGGAGUGUCUUCAAGCGCUGGACUUCCUGCACUCCAACCAGGUGAUCCACAGAGAUAUAAAGAGCGACAACAUCCUGCUGGGCAUGGAUGGCUCCGUCAAGCUCACCGACUUCGGGUUCUGUGCCCAGAUCACUCCGGAGCAGAACAAGCGCAGCACCAUGGUGGGCACACCCUACUGGAUGGCUCCGGAGGUGGUGACCCGCAAGGCCUACGGGCCCAAGGUGGACAUCUGGUCCCUGGGCAUCAUGGCCAUAGAGAUGGUGGAGGGGGAGCCGCCCUACCUGAACGAGAACCCGCUCAGGGCUCUGUACCUGAUCGCCACCAAUGGGACCCCAGAGCUGCAGAACCCUGAGAGGUUAACGUCCGUGUUCAGGGACUUCCUGAACCGCUGCCUGGAGAUGGAUGUGGACCGCAGGGGGUCGGCCAAGGACCUGCUCCAGCAUUCCUUCCUGAAGUUAGCCAAGCCUCUAUCCAGCCUGACGCCCCUGAUUGUAGCCGCCAAGGAAGCCAUAAAGAACAGCAGCCGCUAGUAGGCGCCAUAGUCCUCACCCAAAGCUGGAACCUUGCCUCUAAUGUGUGUGUGUGUGUGUGUGUGUGUGUGUGUGUGUGUGUGUGUGUGUGUGUGUGUGUGUGUGUGUGUGUGUGUGUGUGUGUGUGUGUGUGUGUGUGUGUGUGUGUGUGUGGGUGUGUGUGUGUGUGUGUGUGUGUGUGUGUGUGGUGGGGGGGGGGAGUGCGGGUGACGUGACAGAGCCCAAAGAGACGGGUGAUCAGACUUUAAAGAGACAGCACAAGGAUUGGCCGUCCAUCACCGGCUCCCCCCACCACCCCCUCCAAUGAGGAAGGGCGGACGCACGGCCUUGUAGCCAAUCAGCUGCUGCUGAGAGACAAUGCUUCCUGGUUCAUGGCUUCCCGUGCUCUGUACGUGUGCAGGGGUCCAUCUCGAGUGUGUGUGUGUGUGUGUGCGUGUUCUCUCGCGUGUUAUGUUGUAUGGGCAGAACGUAUCACACAUGCCCUUGCUUGUGUCCUACAUGCUCUCCUCGGGAGAAUAGAGUUUGGCCUACAAACCAAAAUGGGUGUGUUCCAUUUUCCUUUGUGGUUUUCUUUGGGGGGAGGAGGGAUCGGAGGGACCAAUAGCGUUGAGAAUUCCUUCACAGUGUUGCCGGCUCUCGGCUCAGUGCUGUGUCGGCUGGCCCGGGAGAAGUGGGUGAGCCACAUCUGCAUCUGUUCAAUGAAACUCUGGAGAGAGAGAGAGAGAGAGAGAGAGAGAGAGAGAGAGAGAGAGAGAGAGAGAGAGAGAGAGAGAGAGAGAGAGAGAGAGAGAGAGAGAGAGAGAGAGAGAGAGAGAGAGAGAGAGAGAGAGAGACUCUGAACGCAGUGUUUGCCUGCAUGACUCUGGAUCAAGAGUGUUCAUCCUCUAGAAACCCUUAUCAUCCCAGGGGAGUGUGCAUGUGUUUGAAUGUGUGUGCGGUAUUUGUGGUCAUGGUGCGCGUGUGUAUUGGCGGCGGGGGUUUGUCGUUUAGUGAGACGAGUAUCUCUUGAAGCUGAGUGUUACCUCCUUUGAGUCAUCCUCGAGGAUGGGGGUCACUGGAGUUCACCAACGUUGACCUAGAUUCUCUAGAUAGCUUAUUUUUAUUUAAUGAAGACAUUCGGAAAACUGAAACAACUCAAUAUCAUUUUAUGUCCAGAUUCUGCCAGAACGGCUGCCUAUUUAUUAAGGAAGUGGAAGCAUUGAUGUUAGAGGAAUUGGGAUGGAGGAACUCCAUCUAGAAAUGACUUGCAGCUUUGUUAAUUGCGAGUACACAUCACAUAUGGGUCACAUAUGGACCUCGUGAAAUUGUUACGUCACCCUAUUGCGUGCGAGCAUUUCAACCCCAUCCCCAGAGUAUACACAGCGCUGUGUAUUUCCCACAAUAUAAUUCCAGUUUUUCUCUACUAAGUGCAAGAAAUUAGGAGGAUAUUCGGUCCCUACAAGCCGGCUUUAAAGAUACAGGGUAAAGUCAAGCUCUGCCACGCUCCAUUGAACCUACUUUUCUGAAAACUGGUGUUCCAAACAUUUACAAAAAAAUGUUGUUAGGCUGAAAAGCUCUGAAGGCGAGUCAUGAGGUUUCAGAGUACCUUACCGCACAUCUGUUUCCCUGGCUAGGAUGGUACGGCCUUGAAAGACAACGCAUUCAUCCAAUGACCUCUCAGAGUUUACUAUGUUGCCUCUUGUGCUUCGGUGCCCUAUCGUCUCUUGGUUAGUUGUACGUGAGCUGUAGCUUGGACGUAGUUUAAUGUCUGUUCCUGUGUGUGUGUUUCUGUAAAAUGGGCGGGACAUUUGGCAGUGACCAUGAGAGGAAGUCAGUGGCAUCCCCCCGCAAGAGGAGGUUGUUGAAGUAGUGAGUGCCAUGUUUUUUAUGAUUGUAGUACCGUCUUUAAAGUAGUCACGCGUAGCCAGACGUUCGUACAUACAUGGUGUACUGUCGGACCCUCGCCUGCAGGGGGCGUGGUCCUCUUUGGUUAAAACUGGUACUAGUCUUAACGAGCGAAUGGAAGCAAAAAUGUAUUAGUAUAACUGAACCCCAAUAAUAUGUGGUGACUCCUCUCUUUGUAUAUAAGUCAACUAUAAACUGUGUCAAUAUUACAAUUAGCUUAGUUGGGCAUUUUCUGUGCGUAUGGGUAUGUGUGGGUGUGUCUGCGCGUGCAUGUGUGUGAGAGGGGUGGGGGGGCUACCUCAACCUGCACUAGAUCACGACUCCCUCUCCAGACGCAGGAGCAAGUCCAGCAGGAAGUGGACGUGCAUGAGGAAAAAACAACCAACUGUAAAUUAUAUUUCAUCUUCCAAUAGGGUAAAGAUUGUUAGGAUAUGUAUGUAUGUAUGUAAAUACGACAAGGGAAAUCCCUUUUUUUCAGAAUUAUGUAACUUAAAUUGACAAUAUUCAGGUUGCUAUAUGGUAUGUACCUUUCAAUGUUUUGCACCCUGGAAACGGAAAAAAAAAGAAGGAAAGGAAAGGAGGCACGAGCCGUCUCUUCUCGUCUGAAUCAUAAACUUUGAUUUUCGGACUUGAUUCGUCGGGAUGGAGCAGGCGAACGCGUUCAUUGUUUCGUCACGUGGUCCCCUGGGAGUCCCCUUACCCCUGGGAGCGAUUGCAUAUGUGUAUCUAUGCUAGCGGCAGGUGAAGUCUGCCCAACAGAGAGCUACAUGCUACGUAGCUUGUUUUGGGACAUCUGGACCCUCUGCCCAUGUACAGCUCUCAACGAUGAGCACAAAGGAUGAACUUUAAUCGGGCCGACUGACUUGUGCAUCUGGUUACCGUGGUGACUCCUGUACAUUCCUAUCUUCUGAAUGUGUGAACCAGUACACGUGGUGUGACAACUCCUCUAUUAAUGUGUAUCAAGAGAACGCAACGAAAACAAAACAAAAAAAUGUUUCUUUUUAAAUUAUUAUUAUUAUUAUUAUCAUUACUACUCGGAUAUUGUCUAGCUUUGUUAAAACUGCUGAUUCAUCGGCUUUGUUCAGCAGGCCUUUUCCCCUCCCCUUUAAGAAGAAAACGGCGGGAAAGUGGGGUUUUGGAUAAACUAUUUUUAAUUGUGGUUGAAGCAAUAGACUUUUUGAACUUUGAAUUGUGCAUGACUGUGUCUUGAGUGUAAAUCAAACAAAAUAUUGCAGUUUGGGACUGGACCGAAAUAAAAAAGAGGAAAAGUGUUA